CGUAGUGCUCCAGCUUUCCGACUCCUGAAGACACAGGGGCGCCUGUCAUCCGUUAACCACCCGAGCAUCUCUAGCAUCCUAAGGCAGUUUCUAACCAGAACACUCAUUUGACUCAUCGUUUAAGUGCUAUACAAUACCAGAAGGCUUCUUUCCCGUCACAUCGACUGAUAUUGUAAAACUUUAAAUGCUCGUCUGAAAGCUUCUAACGGCGAUUAUAACUGCUAACUGAAGCUUAUAUGAAACAUUUUUGUCUGACAUCUCUCGGAGUCAUCUCUCUUUUAAAAAAAGAAAAUAUCCGGUGAUGUGAGACUUCCAUGUCGGCGAUGUUGUUUUCCAUCUUAAUCGAUACCUGAGAACAGGGGUUAAGAGUUAAGAAUUUGUAGCCUAUUUGAUGUGGAUCGCCUGAAGAUCAUUAAAACAGAUUAAACUUUUAUCACAUAUGACACGGAUUAUUAAAGAUGGGACGCUUAUUUUGACUAUCACAGUGGGAUAAAGUGCAACGCAUCAUCACCGCACCUUCAGGAUGUUCCGGCGAGGCUGUGGUCUGGAGUUUCUCCUGGUGCUGUGUGGUUUAGAGUUGACCCAGGCGUGUCCCCGCGACUGCAUCUGCUACGACUCUCCCAGCACGGUGAGCUGCCAGGCCCACAACUUCCUGGUGGUUCCAGAGGAAAUCCCGGCCCAGAGCGAGCGCGUCUUUCUGCAAAACAACAAGAUCCAGCGACUACUGCAGGGCCAUUUCAGCCCCACCACCGUCAUGCUUUGGCUCUACUCCAACAAUAUCUCAUACAUCCAGCCCUCCACAUUCAUGGGCUUCACCCGCCUGGAGGAGCUCGAUCUGGGGGACAACAAACACCUCCGCUCUCUGGCUUCGGACACUUUUCAGGGCCUGACCCGACUCCAUGCUCUGCACCUCUACCACUGUGGCCUAAUCACUCUGCCCGCUGGCUUAUUUGAAGGGCUGCACAACCUGCAGUACCUCUAUUUACAGAACAACCAGUUGGAGUUUCUCGAGGAUGACAUGUUCAUUGAUCUUCUGAAUCUGAGCCAUUUAUUUCUGCAUGGAAAUCGGCUGUGGAGCCUCCACCAGAACACUUUCCGUGGCCUGGGCGCCCUCGAUCGCUUGCUGCUCCAUCAAAACCGGCUCCAGUGGGUUCACAAACAGGCUUUCCACGACCUGCGCCGCCUGACGACUCUCUACCUGUUUAACAACUCUUUACCUGAACUUCCGGCUGAAAGCUUGUCUCAGCUGUCAGCGCUGGAGUACCUGCGGCUCAACGACAACCCUUGGGAGUGCGACUGCAAGGCUGUGCCGCUCUGGGAUUGGCUGCGGCGCUUCCGUGGCUCCACCUCCUCAUUAAUAUGCGCAGCUCCACCGGAGCUGGCGGGAAAGGACCUGAAACGGUUGACGAAAGAAGAGCUGCCCUCCUGUACAGGCUCCGAGUCGCUCCACCAGAGCAAAUCCAGCCAGGGGGACGUGGGGGUGUCACUGAAGAAAGAUCAUCAUCAUCGAUCACGCAAUCAUCAUCAUCAUCAUCCUCACCUGCCACAUCAGGAUCAAUAUUACCCCACCUCCCCAUCGCCGCUUCCUCGACCGCCCAAGUCGGGACGCAACAGGAACUGCACAAGGCAUCGAAACCGCAAGGGCAAUGCUCAGAACGAGGUGUAUAGCCUAAAGGAGUUAGCCAACAAGGAAUCGGACGACAAAUAUGACCCAUCCAAACCGAGACGAAAGAACAAAUGCAUCCCACAGACUUCGGUGGGUCCCCCUAGUGGCGUGCAAAGAGUGAACAGCAGGGCUGCGGCCCUCUUGGCACCUUGUUUCAUCAUCCCUCUUUGCUUAUUGGUGUGUCUCACUGCCCUUAUUUUCCGCUGAGCCUUGUGGAAACAUCUACUAAUGGUUUUAAUGAACAAACUCAGCCCUCUGUCUACUCUGGCUCCUACAAUUCAGUGUGCGAAUGUGUGUGUGUGUACGUUUGUGUGUACAUGUGAGCCCCUUUCGAGGGACAGAGGACUUGUGCGAAGUUGCAGGCCUGGAAUUAAAACCAGAGAUGUUAAGAAACUCUGGGAUCUGUGGCCGAGAGACGGGACACUAGACGGACUACUCCUCGAUCAUCACCAUUUCCUGUUGCUCCAGGGCAUAUUCAAUAAAAAAAAUAAAAAAACAACAAACAAAAAUAUAUACAUUUGUUAACUACAUUCGGUUGUACAUCACACUUCUGCAGAAUAAUUAGCAGCUCCUGGUGUUCAAACUCAUCACCAUUAAAACCUCGGAAUCCCUGUCAUGACCUCUGACCCGCACUAAAGCUGCGGCACAGGGCGGGAAAAGAGUAUGAAUGAAAUACAUAAACUAAGCAUUUACACAAAUGUACACUGGGGAUGCUUUGCUAACCUGUUAGCAUCUCAGCGGCUUCUGUGGGAGGGUUGUUGUUAACACCUUUAGCACCCGACAACAUAAAAAUGAAAGCAAAGCACACAAGAGAGCAAUUUGGUUAGUUCUGAGACUUUUACAUGUAAUUGCAGUUGCAAUAUUCACACAUUCACACAGCCCCAACGAAUGCUAACAGGGUUGAUACAAAACCAUAAGAGCUCAAAUUCUAGUGUUCUAAAGCUGCUAUGCUGGCGAUGUCAGUAAAGAGAAAGUAGAGUUGAUGAAGGAUUAUGGGAUGGCUUUGGGUUUGUGCGUGUUGUUAUUUGUUGAUUGUGCCCUUAAGAAAGUAUUUUGCAUAAAAAGCUGAAGAAUAAAAAGUUAUUAGGACAUGAAAAGGUCAAGUGGAGCUCAUGCAAAAAGCAGCAUGCGUUAUCUGUUGCUCAGCUGCAAUAAUGUGCUAAUCUAGAAGGGAAAUAACACCAACACUACAUUAAUAUCUCCAAAUGGCACAGUUUGGGAAAAUGAAACAGCAGAAAUACAGCUGUUAAGUCAGAGGUCAAGUCUAACCUGGAAGGGUAAUUUGCCAUAGGUUCCCUCAGGAAGUUCUUAACGUUUUCUUUAGUGAUUAUUGAUUUAAACCAUUACGUAGAAAGAAAAGCAUCUCAAACAGUUAGAUAUUCUUGACAUUUUAAAAAGCACUAAUGAAGUAAAGUGUAAAGACUGUGCAUCUGUAUAUAUUGUAAAAAAAAAAAAAAAAAAAAAAAAAAAAACUACACAUCUGUCAUUAUUAUUAAAAAUAAUUAUUUAUGUGGUUUGUAUGCAGUAACAGUAGUUUAGCUGAUUACGUUUACAGGAAUGAAAUGUUAUAGUUUCACAUUUCACAUAACAGACGGAAUUUAUUAAUAUAUUUCCAAACUGGGGUUUGGGGACUGGGGGCCACAUCUGAGCGUGCAAUCAAAAGUUCUGAGAAGAAAAUUCAGAGAAGAAGUAAAGUAAAUAAAUAAAUAAGAUAAUUAAUAAAUAAAUAUUAUAUAAUGUGUAGUAAAUAUUGUAUGUUAAGGGGAUGGUUCACCCAAAAAUGGACAGAAAAUAAAUGCAUACAUGUUUGAAAUGACAUGAGGAGGACUAAACUUUAUUAAAGCACUAAAUAAUUACAUUAAAAUGUAAAUGAACAUAAUUUACAAAGUCACACCCACAUCGUGGAUUGUUUUAUCAAUACAUUGUAAAUAAGCUGAUAAAUAAGGACUGCAACUAACUAAGUAUCACAAGUACUGUAUGUGAGUUUACAUGCUCAAUAGGUCAAACAACCUCUGUAGGCCUUAUGCAGCCACUGGUUAGUAAUAUACACAUAAAAGUAAUAGAACAAAAUGUGAAGAAUAAUGUUAUCCACAGGCCUUAUUUUACCUAUAAAUCACUUUCUAAAAACAUAUAAACCUACUUUCUAAAAACAUAUUAGAAACUCCAGAGGGAACCCAUUGUCCAAAAAAAUGCCAAUUCUCAUCCAGGUUUUUUGAAGUAGGCUGCAAUAUAAAGUCAACACAAGUUCUGAGGUAAUAAUCCUUGCAAGCCAUAAAAAAAAAAACUCCCAAAAGUCUGUCACUCACUGUCUCUGACCCCUGCUGCUGUGGAGCCAUCAAACAUACGUCUGUAUUGGGAUCCUAAAGCUGAGUUAUAUCGUCGAUGGAAAAAGUCACAGAGCCCCCUUCUGGACAGGUGGGGUAAUAGCACUUCCCCUACCUCUACCUUGUCCCUCAUCAAAGACUCUCUACCUUUAUACAAAAGUGAACUGAGAAUAUAAGUGUCCAAUGUGAACAUUUAUUUUGUUUGAGAAUAUGUCACUUAUUGAAAAAAAACUAUGUGUAUGACAUUGUUGAGGGAAGGAGGAAGUUAUUUUGUAUUCAUGUACUUUUUCUUUGUACACUGUCGUUAAACUGCAAUCUUGAACAUACAAGUGCACCAUACUGACACCUUCCUCGUAUUCCUCGGUCUGUCCUUCAUCUUUCUUCCUCCCUUUGUCAUAACUCAAACUUUCUGUCUGUUAUGAAAUACCACCAGUCUCAAAAGCUGUUUCUAAAGAACAUUAAAGAUGCUGAAGGUUUUGGA